AUGGAUUCGUGGUUUGGGAGAAUUGGUGAUGCCGAAGGCCAUCUGGAAGGACCCACAGGUCACGUCGAGGACGAAGCGACUCCACAACCCGACCGAGAGCCCGCCGAACAAGGUGGUAAGGCCCACAAGUCACGGGGCAUCGAAUCAUUCAACACGCGUGCUCGGUCACUGGCCCGCCAAUCAUCACGAUGCCAAGCGGCGCCGUAA